UUUUAAAGUAAAUAAGAUAGUAAUAGUAACACGUAGUUUUUUUUUUUUUCAUUUUAUUAUUUUCUUUUAUUUUGUAAAAUAAAUAAAAGAAGAUGGGUUACAUUUCAAUGUCCGUGGUUGCAUUCCUUGUUGUUUUUGCUUCGCCGUUGGUUCUAGCCACCGAUACAGAUCCGAUUCCUGAAACCAGAGCCCAAAUCCCGCAAUGGUUCAAGGCCAACGUUAAACCAUAUUCCCAGAGAAAGGGCACGCUAGACCCCGCCCUCGAAGCUGCUGAAGCAGCGCGACAAAUUAUCACCGUGAAUCAAAAAGGAGGCGCUAAUUUCAAGACGAUAAAUGAAGCUAUCAAGAGCAUUCCAACAGGAAACAAGAACCGUGUGAUCAUCAAGUUGGCUCCUGGUGUCUACAAUGAGAAGGUCACGAUCGACAUAGCUCGACCAUUCGUUACAUUGCUAGGUCAACCUGGUGCGGAAACGGUCUUGACUUACCAUGGGACAGCCGCUAAGUACGGAACCGUAGAGAGUGCAACUCUUAUUGUCUGGGCCGAGUAUUUCUUGGCAGCUCACCUCACCAUUAAAAAUACUGCUCCAAUGCCGAAACCAGGUUCACAAGGACAAGCUCUAGCUAUGAGGAUCAACGCUGAUAAGGCAGCUUUCUACAGCUGUAGAUUCCAUGGUUUUCAAGAUACUCUCUGUGACGACAAAGGCAACCACUUUUUCAAGGAUUGUUACAUCGAAGGGACCUAUGAUUUUAUCUUCGGAAGAGGAGCUUCCUUGUACUUGAAUACGCAAUUGCACGCUGUUGGAGAUGGAUUAAGAGUGAUCACAGCACAAGGUAGACAAAGUGCAAACGAACAAAACGGAUACACGUUCGUGCAUUGCAAAGUCACUGGAACCGGAACCGGAAUCUAUUUGGGCAGGUCUUGGAUGAGCCACCCAAAAGUCGUCUAUGCUUUCACAGAGAUGACCAGCGUGGUCAACCCAUCUGGCUGGAGGGAGAACCUCAACCGCGGAUAUGAUAAGACGGUUUUCUAUGGAGAAUACAAGUGUUUCGGACCAGGGUCACACUUAGAGAAGAGAGUGCCUUACACACAAGAUAUUGACCAAAACGAAGUUAGGCCUUUCCUCAGUCUUGGUUACAUUAAGGGCUCCACAUGGCUACUUCCCCCUCCUAAAUACUGAAAUUUUUCUUAAGACAAAAUAUUUGUUGUAACUGUUCUUUAAUUUAUAAAUGAAAUGUUCCCAUCUUCUUAUACUUUCUUUCUUUUUUGUAUUGCUUAAGAUAUGAAUUGAUCAAUAUUUUUUUACAUA